CUACGCCGUUAGCCCCUGACGGCGGUGUAAGUGCUGCGUUCGGCCCCGCCCUCCCAGCGCCGCUCUGGCCCGCCCUGCUCACACAAACUCCCCGCCUGAGCUCUGCCCGAGUCUGGGGGAAGCGUACGGCCUGGAGGCGGUGUGUGAACAAGGAGUUAAUAUAUUAUGCCGAUGACCAAGGGGGUCGAUGGAUGAAGAUGUGACGACCCUCUCUCCCCAUUCCCACCAGCCCAAGAUCAUCUUCCAUGGGACAGGUGGGGAUGGUGAAGUCGAGGAGGAUGAGGUGGCAGUGGAGUUACAUGAGACGGUCCUGGUCUCUGGAGUGGAGGAUGAAGGGAUUGCGGUGCACGGUUUUUCCCCAGAUGAGCUGGUUAUCCAGGAUGCCAUAGGAGAUGUUGUGGCCGAGUACAUACAGAACGAUGAGGAGGAGGAGGAUGAGGAAGGCCUAAGCACCAUCACCGUGGGGACGUGCGUGAUGUCUCCGGGGAUAGCUCUGGAGGAUGUGCUCAAUUCGUCUCAGGUGCAGGAGGACCCGGACGGGUGUGAAAACUACCUCAUGAUUUCCUUGGAGGAACCAGGGAAGAUUGUGUCAGAUGAUGACACUAAAGUUACAACUGAGGGCACUUUAGAGGAGCAGGACAAUGGGGAAAAGGAGGAUGACGAGGGUCAGGAGGUCAUCAAGGUUUAUAUCCUGAAGGCUGACUCGGGAGAUGAUGACUUGGGUGGCACUGUGGACAUUGGAGACGCUGAUAUUGACGUGGACGAAAGUGUGGAGUUGAUGGAUCCAUCUGCACUCGGUGAUAAAAUGGUCCUGAUGCCUGUGGGAGAAGCCAAUCAGAAUCAGGAAGACAUUAGUGUGGAUAAGAUAACCGAUGAAGUGUACAUGGAGGUUGUGGUCGGGGGCGAGGAGCCUGCCAAUCACCAGCGGCCGUUUGAUAACACCUCACUAAGCAAAGACUUUAUGCCUGUAGCUUGGGCAGCUGCUUAUGGUGGGCAGGAGGCCGAGAGCUGUGAGAACAGGAACGGAGCAGCCAGUGCAGUGUUACACGUCGAAGAGUCUGACGUUCUGGAGAAAAUCAACCAUCAGCGAAUCAAAAGCAAGAACAAGAAACACACCGAGACGCGUCACAUCCAGACAGCGAUUAUCAUCGGUCCGUACGGACAGCCCCUGACGGUGUAUCCAUGCAUGCUGUGCGGAAAGAAAUUUAAAUCGCGGGGUUUCCUGAAGCGUCACACCAAAAACCAUCAUCAGGAUGUCAUAAACAAGAAGAAGUACCAGUGUACAGACUGCGACUUCACCACCAACAAGAAAACCAGCCUCCACAAUCACAUGGAGAUCCACACACUGAGCAGCAAGAGCAUGCAGUUCGAGUGCGAGGUGUGCGGGAAAGAGUUCCACCAGCAGGCGGCGCUCUUCUCCCACCGACUCCAGCAUCAUUACCGAGAGCCGAAGCUGCAGAUCCCGCCACCCGCUACGAAAAUGCACAGCUGCAAGUUCUGCGAUUACGAAACAGCUGAGCAGGGACUUCUCAACCGACACUUGCUGGCUGUUCACAGCAAAAACUUUCCUCACAUCUGCGUGGAGUGCGGGAAGGGCUUCCGGCACCCUUCCGAGCUCAAGAAGCACAUGAGGACUCACACGGGGGAAAAGCCAUACUCGUGCCUGUACUGCAGUUACAAAUCAGCCGACUCGUCCAACCUGAAGACGCACGUGAAGACGAAGCACAGCAAAGAAACGCCUCACAAGUGCGAGCGCUGCUUCCAGACCUUCGCCGAUCCCGAAGAGCUUCAGCAGCACGCGCUCGCGCACGAGGAGGAAGCCAAGAGCCACCAGUGCAUGCACUGCGAGCACCGGAGCUCCAACUCUAGCGACCUGAAGCGGCACGUCAUUUCCGUUCACACUAAAGAGUACCCGCAUAAGUGCGCCACGUGUGGAAAAGGCUUCCACCGGCCCUCUGAGCUCAAAAAGCACUCGGCUGCUCACAAGGCCAAAAAACUGCACCAGUGUCGCCACUGCAGCUUCAGGAUCGCAGAUCCGUUCGUGCUCAGCCGCCACAUCCUUUCAGUCCACACCAAAGAAACGCAGCAGCAAACGCCGUUCUCGGACAAAAAGGGCCUGAAGAAGGCGUUUGUUCUGGGUGCUCACGGAGGGAAAAAGGUUUUGGCCAAAGUGCACAGAGAGCGGAGGGUGUAUCAGUGUCAGUAUUGCGAUUACAGCACAGGAGACGCCUCUGGCUUUAAGAGACACGUCAUCUCCAUCCACACCAAGGAUUACCCACACCGCUGCGAUUUCUGCUCCAAGGGCUUCCGCAGGCCAUCAGAGAAAAACCAGCACAUCGCACGCCAUCACAAAGACAUGCUGGCGUCCGUGUGAUGUUAGACACUCUAACUGGAGGGUACGGUGUGUGCGAUAUGGCAAAAAAUAAAUAAUAAAAAAGAAAAGAUACAAAAAAAAAAAAGCGUAGCUUCAGUUUUAGUUUCACAGAUAUUCUGAUGAUAACGGGCUAACUUUAAAAUUGAGUUUACAUUUUUUUUUACAUAUAUAAUUUAAAAAUGUAUAAAGUAAGUCUAUUUACUAAGAAGAAUAAAUGAACCACUUGAUUUAUUAAAAAAUAGGUUUUAACAUCCCAAACAAUGACACGUUACUGCGAGCAACAGCGCACUAGGACAAGCAGUGAUCAAACGUAUAGUGACGUAAUCGAUCUUAAUGUCGCCGCCAUAUCGCCACAUCGCACGACCCUCUCAGAGAAAAGGUCUUUUUUUAGCAGCUUCUUGUUUAGUCACAUCGAUCAUGCUAACACCAAGAACAUGUGUUAUGUAGAGAAUGUUUCCUAACCUCCUCACUAUGUUCAAUUUUUUUGUUCAUUUUCCUAACUAUUAUUCUCAGCUGCCUCAUUCUGUCGGGAGUGUUUGUGUGAGACUCUGGGUGUAAAAUUUUCAUAAAGGUAUUUUCAUCACAAAAGCAUUUUCGAAAGCAAGUAACAGAAUAUUUGCCGUAGCUGUAUUGUGUGUGUGUGUGUGCGCGCCUGGCACAGACAGGGAUUUUGAUGUUUCCUAGUAUUGAGAAAAGAGCAGAAUGAAAAUGAAAUGGGAAAAUAAAUGCCUUGGAUAAAUGAGAUCAUGGGUUUGAUCUAAGAGGGAGGAAUGGCAGUCUCUCUUUCACUCUCUCUCUCUCUCUCUCUCUCUCUCUGACCUGUCAAUCAUAGUGACAGCAGCCAAUCACAGCUAUCUUUAAGCUUGCUGUUUUUUUCCCCCUAGUACCUGGAAACGAACAGAAAAAUCUUCUAUUGUGUUUUUAAACACACACACUACAGAUGAGGUGGUGAUUAGGGUGUCUCAUUUUUGCUUGCUUGUUUGUUUGUUUGUUUGUUUGUUUGUUUUUUUAAAUAGGAAUUCACAUUUCCAUCAAACUCCCAUGAGCUAAAAAUGAUUAUUGAAUUGCCUUGUAUGAAAUAGCCAAUGUCGGUCCUUGUAAUGCAUAAAGCAGCUUCACAGCUGAGGUUUCUGUGAAUGUUGCAUUGUGCUUUAUAGGAAUAAUUACCCAUGCCUGUUGAACAGACUGCUGACAGAGAGGGGACGAAACCCCCUUUGAUUUAAAAUCAUUUUAAUGGCCAUGUCUGUUUUUUUU